CAGAAAGUAGAGAGGCACGUACGCAACAAUGGGUAUGAGAAAUGUGUUAAUCUUUCUUGUUAUAGCUGUUGCUAAUUUGUUUGCUCUAACGAGCGCUGCAAUCCCUGCAAAACGCUUUUACGCUCCAUUUAAUCGAACUAGUUUCCCUCCUGAUUUUGUGUUUGGCGCUUCAUCAGCUGCUUAUCAGAUCGAAGGAGAGGCGCUUAAAGGAGGAAGAGGACCUAGUAUAUGGGACACGUUUACCCGGCAGCACCCAGAAAAGAUCUUUGAUGCGUCUACAGCAGAUGUGGCUGUUGACUUUUACCACCGCUAUAAGGAAGACAUUCAAAUGCUUAAGCAAGUGGGAUUAAGAGCUUUCAGGAUGUCUAUCUCUUGGUCUCGAAUUUUACCAUAUGGGAAGUUAAGCAAAGGAGUGAAUCCAGAAGGCAUCAAAUUCUAUAAUAAUGUCUUCAACGAGCUAAUCGCUAAUGGUAUAACUCCUUUUGUGACUCUAUUCCAUUGGGACACACCACAAGCCCUUGAAGAUGAAUAUAAAGGGUUUCUCAGCUCAAAAAUAGCGAAAGACUAUGCUGACUUUGUGGACAUUUGCUUCAAAGAAUUUGGGGAUAGAGUAAUGAAUUGGAUAACUCUAAAUGAACCACUUUCUUAUAGUAUGAAUGGAUAUACAAAAGGAACCUUUGCACCAGGAAGGUGUUCUAAAUAUGUAGGUAAUUGCACUGAGGGUAACUCUGCUACUGAGCCAUACAUUGUUGCUCACAACUUGCUUCUAGCACAUGCAACUGCUGUUAAAAUCUAUAGAGAAAAAUAUCAGAAAAGUCAGAAAGGCCAAAUAGGAGUUACUCUUGUCACUCAUAUGUUUGUGCCCAAAAUAAACACACCUCAAGGACUCAAGGCCCCACUAAGAGCUCUUGAUUUUAUGUUGGGAUGGUUUUUGGAUCCAAUAACAUAUGGUGAUUAUCCGGCAAGCAUGCGAGCUAUGGUAGGGCGUCGGCUCCCAAAAUUCACAGCUGAGGAAUCAAAGCUAGUGAAAGGUUCAAUGGAUUUUUUAGGGGUUAAUUACUAUACCACAUAUUAUGCUUCUCCAUUGCUCUCUGUUAAUAGAGUUAAUCUCAGCUACACCACUGACAAUCAUGCUGAUCUUUCACCGUUAAAGGACGGAAAACCGAUUGGCACACCGACUGCGUUGGAUUGGCUUUUCAUUUAUCCAAAAGGAAUCUAUGGUCUCAUGCUUCACAUCAAGGAAAAAUAUAACAAUCCUCCCAUUUACAUCACUGAAAAUGGGAUGGCAGAAGCCAAUAAUAGCACAAUGUCACUUAAAGAAUCUUUGAAUGAUGACAUGAGGAUAAAGUAUUAUGAGGGCCAUCUAUGGUUUCUAUCAAAAGCUAUAAAGGCUGGAGCAAACGUUAAAGGACAUUUUGUGUGGUCGUUCUUAGAUGAUUAUGAAUGGGAUGCUGGUUUCACUGUGCGGUUUGGCCUCACUUUUGUGGACUAUAAGAAUGGUCUUAAACGAUACCAUAAGAAGUCUUCUUAUUGGUACAAGAAAUUUCUAUUGUACACUGGCCUAUAAAUUAUGUCACUCUUUCUAACACCUCUACUUUGGAAAAUUGCAUUUUAAUUAAGAGGUCUAUGUGAAUUUAAGAGCUCUACUUGCUCUCUCUGUCUGUCAAGUGUUGACAGAAAAUAAAUGUCCUUCAAUUUUAUGUCUUCAAGAGUAACAUGAGAGCACCUCCCUAUUAAUUUUA